AACGGAAUGAAUGGAUCGCUAUUUUAGUGCCAGGGAGUGUGUUUAACAAUGCAAAGGGGCAGUGAGCUGUUGGGAUCACAGAGGAUUUAUCCUAUUUAAUCCUGCUGCUGCUGCUGCUGCUGCUGAAGAAGAGACAGGGAAGCUUACCGCAGCAUCUACAUUGUAACCUGCCUGCCUUCUGAUUUAUUUAAUUGUCUUUUGUUGCGCUUCCCCUUUUCGUUCUCAAUCCCCACUGGGAAUGUCACUGACAGGCCCGGAUCAGUGGCUGAGGGCGGCGCUGUCCUUGCAAUCUGGGGUUAGCAUAGCGUGCAUCUGCGCCCCCUCCUCCUCCCCUUGCUUCUUGCGUCACUGUGUGCGCGUUUCAGAGCGAUGUUCCGAGCGUCUGGCUGAGGGAUGGCUGCUGCUGCCUGUGUCCUGCUGCUGAUGGCCGGGGAAAGGCUGCACCCGCCACUGCUACUGCUGCUCAGCACUGAGUCAUCGGGCCGGCGCUCUCCGUGGUGCUGAAGUUGCCGACUGCGUCCCUCCGGUGAGGGUUGGUCUGCGGAAGGGGAGAACCGGAUUACUGGGGUACUGGAUUCUGCCUGUGGAGAGGUCCCAAGAGGAGGAGGAGGAGGAGGCUUGAUUCUAGCACAGGAAGAAGUACUGGAAGGUCUGCAGCUACUGGUCACACAAGUGCAAACUGUAUAUAUGUCUGUGUGUGUGGGAAGAGCAGCGUGGGAAGCAGAUUACUGUGGAGAAGGACAUGGUUGGAAUAAGCAUUGGGCUGGCUUCUUAGUAUUCCCCCACACUACGAGACGCUGGGUGCAGCAGGCUCAUAUAGACAUACGUCUUUUGUUGGAUAUACUUAUUUUGAUAUACUUCUGGUGUUUUGUAUUACAUUGAGAUUUACAGACCUUUCCAUUUUGGGGCCAGUUUUUUUUUUAACUCUUUGGAAACAGCUUUGGAUUUAAAAGCCAGACACUCCAUUUAUUCAUGUUCCCCGGAGGAGUUGAGUGACAGAAGAGGACUAUCAGCACUGGGAAGUAUUCUGUUCAAGGGAAAAUCGGGUCCCUGAGCUAAUGGUGCAAGAAGAAAGCCACCUCUAAUAGUUAUUCACUAAAGGUCAGAAGCGAUCCCUAUCUGGGCAAAAUGGGCGAGCAACCCAUCUUUAGCACCAGAGCCCAUGUCUUCCAGAUAGACCCCAACACUAAGAAGAACUGGGUUCCAACCAGCAAGCAUGCCGUUACUGUGUCCUAUUUCUAUGAUAGCACAAGAAAUGUCUACAGGAUAAUAAGUCUGGAUGGAUCAAAGGCAAUAAUAAACAGCACCAUCAGUCCAAACAUGACAUUCACAAAGACAUCCCAGAAGUUUGGGCAGUGGGCAGACAGCCGGGCUAAUACAGUCUAUGGCCUGGGAUUCUCCUCUGAACAUCAUCUCACUAAAUUUGCAGAAAAAUUUCAGGAAUUUAAAGAAGCAGCUCGAUUAGCGAAGGAGAAAUCCCAGGAAAAGAUGGAAUUAACUAGUACGCCUUCCCAGGAGUCUGCAGGAGGAGACAUCCAGUCACCGCUAACACCAGAAAGCAUCAAUGGAACUGACGAUGAAAGGACAAUUCCAGAAGUGACACAAAACUCCGAACCAAGGGCUGAACCUACGCAGAACGCAUUGCCAUUUACACACAGUUCUGCAAUCAACAAGCAUUGGGAAGCAGAACUGGCUACACUUAAAGGAAAUAAUGCCAAGCUCACAGCCGCCUUGCUGGAGUCUACUGCCAAUGUGAAACAAUGGAAGCAACAGCUUGCGGCCUAUCAGGAGGAAGCAGAACGUCUACACAAACGGGUGAGUGAAUUAGAAUGUAUGAGCAAUCAAGCUAAUGCUGUGCAGUCUCACAAGUCGGAACUGAACCAGAAGAUUCAAGAACUAGAAACCACUCUGAAAAAGAAAGAAGAGGAGAUAGAAAGAUUGAAAGAAGAGGUUGAACAUGCUAAAGAUUUGCAAGACCAGAAGGAUUCUUUGAGCCAAAAAUUACAGGAGGUAGAAACACACAACAAAGAAAUGGAAGGACAAUUAAGUGACUUUGAGCAACGGUUGGAGAAAAGUCAGACCGAGCAGGACACUUUCCGCAAUAACUUGAAGACCCUUUUAGAAAUCCUGGACGGAAAAAUCUUUGAACUCACCGAACUGCGAGACAACCUGGCCAAACUAAUAGAGUGCAGCUAGAAUGAGACCGGCGCCAAUGGCUUACCCUCUUCUUAAAGAUGCUCUGUCUCUCGUGACAGCACUAAGAUGGGCUCUGCCUCCAAGUUGCACAAAACCAGAAUGGGUUGCAAAAUUUUUAGUCGGGUGACGUAUAAAAAUUAAGACUGAACUAGCUAAAAAAAAAAAAGAGGGGAAAUUUAAAAA